AUGGAGACUAAGGACCAGAAGAAACACAGAAAGAAAAACAGUGGACCCAAAGCUGAGAAGAAAAAAAAAAGGCAUCUGCAGGAUUACCAACUUGGAGAUGAGGAAGAUGCCCAGAAAAGAAACCCUAGAGCUUUUGCAGUCCAGUCUGCUGUACGGAUGGCGCGAUCCUUUCACAGAACUCAAGAUUUGAAAACAAAAAAGCAUCAUAUUCCAGUGGUUGAUCGAACUCCACUAGAGUCCCCACCAAUAGUGGUGGUGGUGAUGGGGCCUCCAAAAGUUGGGAAGAGCACGUUGAUACAGAGCCUCAUUCGGAACUUCACUAGGCAGAAGUUGACUGAGAUCAGAGGCCCAGUCACAAUUGUGUCAGGUAAAAAGCGCAGACUUACCAUUAUUGAAUGUGGAUGUGACAUUAACAUGAUGAUUGAUCUGGCUAAAGUAGCAGACUUGGUUCUGAUGCUUAUAGAUGCCAGCUUCGGGUUUGAAAUGGAGACAUUUGAAUUUCUAAACAUCUGUCAGGUACAUGGUUUUCCUAAAAUUAUGGGAGUUCUCACCCACCUAGACUCCUUCAAAUAUAAUAAGCAACUGAAGAAGACAAAGAAGCGAUUAAAACACAGAUUCUGGACAGAAGUCUAUCCGGGUGCCAAGCUCUUCUACCUUUCUGGAAUGGUACACGGAGAAUAUCAAAACCAAGAAAUUCACAAUCUGGGCCGUUUUAUUACAGUUAUGAAGUUUAGGCCUCUCACUUGGCAGACAUCUCACCCUUAUAUCCUGGCAGACAGGAUGGAAGAUUUGACAAACCCCGAAGAUAUUAGAACAAAUAUCAAAUGUGAUCGAAAGGUGUCUCUUUAUGGUUACUUAAGAGGAGCACACUUGAAAGAUAAAAGUCAAAUUCACAUUCCAGGUGUAGGAGAUUUUGCUGUGAAUGAUAUCAGUUUUCUUCCAGACCCCUGUGCUCUUCCUGAACAGCAAAAGAAGCGCUGUUUAACUGAGAAAGAGAAGUUGGUUUAUGCACCUUUUUCUGGUGUUGGUGGUGUGUUAUAUGAUAAAGAUGCUGUAUAUGUUGAUCUCGGUGGCAGCCAUGUUUUUCAGGAAUCGGUGAAGCCCACUUAUGAACUGGUCCAGAGUCUCAUUUCCACCCAUUCCACUAUUGAUGCCAAAAUGGCUUCAAGUAGAGUGGCACUUUUUUCUGAUUCCAAACCAGUAGAGUCAGAGGUUAUAGAUAAUCAAGGGCUUUGGAUGCCAAAAGAGGAAAAGCAAAUCGAUGUGAAAACUGGUCGAGUGCGUAGAAAAGCCAUUUUUGGAGAUAAAGAAGAUGAUACUGGAGAUUGUGAUUAUGAAGAUGGUGAAGAAAUGUCUGACAGUGACAAGUUGGAUGAUGACUCUAGUGUUGAUGAAACAGCUGAGGAGGAAGAUGAUGAAAUAACUGAUAAAGAACAUAUGAUUGUUAAGGGUUUCAAGCGCCAGAAACUUGAGGAGAUGGAAGAAGACAAUGAGGUGGAUUUACCAGCAUUUGCUGAUAGUGAUGAUGACCUUGAGGGGAGCUUUGAAGAUGAAGACGAUGCUGAGGAAGCCAGUGAAAGCAGUGAAGAAGAGGAGGACUACACUGCAGAAGGAGAGAGUGAUAUUUUAGGAUCUAAGGCUAUUGAAAAAGGUGGUCAAUCAGGACUAUCAGGAACUAAUGGUUUGAGUGACAGUUUGAAUAAAGAGAAGUCUUUGACGAUGAAAAAAGCAGUCCAUACCAUUUCAGAUUCAGGUCAUUGCACAGCUAAAGAGGCAUUUGCAUCUGAAGAUGAAUCUGAAGAAAGCUCCUCUCUCAGUUCAGAGGAUAAGGACACAGAAAAGGAAGAGGCUAUUAGGAAAAAGCUUCCAAAGCCUUGUCAAGAGGACAGUGGUGAAAAACUGGGGCCAGAGAACUUAAUUGAUGAGACCAGUGAGGUAGAAGAUUUACUCAAAGAGGAGGAAUAUUACAAGGAAGAAAAUACUUACUCCACAGAAACAUCAGGUACCCUCAAGUGGAAGGAAGAUCUUUCUAGGAAGGCAGCUGAAGCUUUUGUGAGGCAGCAACAAGCAACUCCAAACCUUCAAAACCUUAUUUAUGGAACAGUGACAGAAGACAAUGAAGAAGAUGAUGGUGACCCCAAACAAGAACUUGGAGGUUUGUUUCGUGUCAGCAAGCCUGACAGAGAGUCUAAGCACAAGGCCAAUUCUUUGGACUGCUCUAAAUUUCUUGUGGAAGAACUCCACCAUUGGGAUUUAGAGGAGGUUAUGAACACGAUCAGAGAUUGCUUUGUGACUGGGAAGUGGGAAGAGGAUAAAGAUGCAGCCAAGGUCUUAGCAGAAUUUGAGGAGCUGUAUGGUGAUUUUGAAGACCUUGAAACAGGAGACAUGCACAAGGGAAAAUCAGGUCCAGAUACUCAGAUUGAAAAUGUAGAAGUUAAGCAAGAUACUGAGCCCAAACCAGAGGAAAGUGCUAAGAGAAAAUGUAUGGAUAAGAAGAGAAAACUAAAGGAAAUGUUUGAUGCAGAAUAUGAUGAAGGAGAAAGCACGUAUUUUGAUGAACUUAAAGGAGAAAUGGAGAAACAAGCCCAGCUUAACCGGGCAGAAUUUGAAGAUCAAGAUGAUGUGACCAGAGUUCAGUAUGAGGGUUUUCGACCUGGGAUGUAUGUCCGGAUUGAGAUAGAAAAUGUCCCCUGUGAAUUCGUGCUGAACUUUGACCCUCAUCACCCAAUUAUUCUGGGUGGUUUGGGCAAUAGUGAGGGCAAUGUUGGAUAUGUGCAGAUACGUCUGAAGAAACAUCGUUGGUAUAAGAAAAUCCUCAAGUCCCGAGACCCAAUAAUUUUUUCUGUAGGGUGGAGGAGGUUUCAGACCAUCCCGCUCUAUUAUAUUGAAGACCACAAUGGAAGGCAAAGGCUUCUAAAAUACACCCCACAGCACAUGCAUUGUGGAGCAACAUUUUGGGGUCCAGUUACUCCACAGGGAACUGGGUUUUUGGCAAUACAGUCUGUCAGUGGAAUGAUGCCUGAUUUCCGGAUUGCUGCCACAGGAGUUGUUCUUGAUCUGGAUAAAUCCAUAAAAAUUGUGAAGAAAUUAAAGCUAACUGGAUUUCCAUAUAAAAUUUUCAAGAAUACUUCAUUUAUUAAGCCAAUAGUAAGGCAGAAGAAACAUUUUAAUUCACUGCACAUUCCAAAAGCCUUGCAGAAAGCCCUGCCAUUUAAGAACAAGCCCAAGACUCAAGCAAAGGCAGGAAAGGUACCAAAGGACAGGCAGCGACCAGUCGUCAUCCGAGAGCCUCAUGAGAGAAAGAUCCUUGCAUUACUGGAUGCUCUGAGUACAGUGCACAGUCAUAAGAUGAAGAAGGCCAAGGAGCAACGGCAUCUGCAGAAUAAAGAGCACUUCAAAGUGAAGAAAAAGGAAGAAGAAGAGAAACUGGCACAGCAAAAGGAGCUCAGGAAGAAGCUCUUCCGAAUUCAGGGUCAGAGAGAAAGAAGAAAUAAAAAGUCUAGCCUAAAAGGGCAUGAGGAGCAAUUGAAGUGA